AUGGCGAUGCCGGGCCCAGUUGAGUCAUCAAUGGUUAUGCUUCAGGCGACACACAGGAGCUUAGCUGCCUGGGAGGGCUCCACUGCCAAGUUGGUUACUCGUCAGCACUACCAAGCGAGUACGUUACAUUGGGAGGUGGAUGACAGGGUUGUUGGAGAUGUUUCGGCUUAUAUUCCUACGAAUGUAAUUUCCAUUACAGAUGGACAAAUAUUCUUAUCUGCCGAUCUAUUCAAUGCUGGAAUCAAACCAGCAAUUAAUGUGAGUAUUUCUAUUUCUAGGGUGGGGUCCGCAGCUCAAAUUAAAGCUAUGAAACAAAUAGCUGGAAAAUUAAAAAUGGAACUGGCCCAAUUUGCAGAAUUAGAAGCCUUUAUCCAAUUUGCUUCCGAUCUUGAUAAAGCUACUCAGAAUUAG